UCCUCCGCCUCUUCUUCCGUCCGUUUUAUGUCGUCUUUUAAUUGGAAGCGGCAGCAGCGGCAGGGAAGGAUUCAUCUCUGCUUUACCAUCUCUUCCAUCCUCCGAUCGGGAAUUAGCGUCUGCCAUUCCGUGUCGCAGCGGCGGAGGAGAUGGCCGCAGUUGACGAUCGGGAUGGCACGGACCGUCCGGCCGACGUCGCCGACCUGAAGGACCUGACCCACGCGCUCUCCAAAUUAAACCCCUCGGCCGAGGAGUUCGUGCCGUCCUCCCGCCGGCCCGCCGCCACGCGACUCUCCGCGGAGGCGCCGGCCUUCGUGGCCUCGAUGCGCCUAUUCGGGAUGAUGAUCGACGGCGACGAUGGGUCGUCCUGCAAUCAUCAGCCUCGCUGGAGGAAGUACAAUUACGAUCAGAGGCCGAGGAAGGUUAAUGACAGAGUUCAUGGAGCACAGAAAGGGGACUGCAUCAGGCGAACUGUCUAUGUUUCUGACAUUGAUCAUCAUGUCAGUGAAGAACAGCUUGCUGCAUUAUUUGGAAACUGCGGGAAGGUAUUGGACUGCCGUAUAUGUGGUGACCUGAACUCUUUCCUCCGAUUUGCAUUCAUAGAGUAUGCUAAUGAGCAUGGUGCAAGACAAGCACUAGAUCUUGAUGGAACUGUUCUUGGUUAUUAUCCUGUCAAAGUCAUGCCAUCAAAGACAGCUAUCUUGCCUGUGAAUCCAACAUUUCUUCCACGGUCUGAAGAUGAAAGGGAAAUGUGUGCAAGGACAAUUUAUUGCACUGAUAUUGAUAAACAGAUUCGUCAGACAGAUUUAAAAGGUUUUUUUGAGUUAUUUUGUGGUGAGGUUUCUCGUCUGAGGAUUUUAGGUGAUCAUCUGCACUCGACUCGCAUAGCAUUUGUUGAGUUUGUUGAGGUGGAGAGUGCUCUUGCAGCUCUUAAUUGCAGUGGAGUGGUUCUUGGAGCCUGUCCCAUUAGGGUUAGUCCUUCGAAGACUCCAGUAAGGAGUUCUCUCCCAACCGACAAAACGAUCAUGCGAGCAGCCUCCCUCUAGUACUAAAUUGGAUUCCAAUGGAGAGCUAGGUAGAGCCACUUGGAUGAUUCUUGAAGUUAACAUCACUAUGUUUACUUUUUUAUUGAUGAUUCGAUGAAUAAAUGGAUUGUAAUAAAUGUCUAUGAAUGAUGAAUAAAGUGAUGUUUAUCUA